AGCAACCCUUUACCUCUUCGACCUGCUAUAUUAAUAUGCGGGCCGCUCACACACGCCUGACUACUAACGCCAGUUACAAGCCACUCCUCCGCAUGACGAGACGUCCACAACUGCAACUGCCUCUUGAAGAUCCACGCCCAGUCAGUCACCACUGCCGCCGCCGCCAACAACCCAACCCAGUCGCGAUCCGUCCACUUUCGCCCCUGGUCUCUCGAAUCUCACGCCCGGUCCAUAUACAUCGUCUCUCGCUCUCCCACCCUCCUCCUACACCUACCUAUACAGUACAACAACCACAUCACCUCAACAAUUGCGCAGAGCACGUCUUGUCUUGUGCCACGCACCCCCUUCCCCAGUCACUCUUCCCUCUCCCUCCCCCCCGUUCCCAAACUACUAUUUCCCCAGGUUCCUGAUCUCGGUCUAGUAACCUUACAGUCGGUUGAGGUUGGACCACUUGAACACCAUCUUCCCCGCAUCACCACAGCUUCCUCUUACCUAAAAGCCCCGAUCUUUGACUAAUAGAAAAGGUCCUUCUGGCUUUGCCCUCUUGACAGUCUCUGCCCCCUGGCCUUGGGUGUGUGUUUUUUUUCUCUGCCUCUCAUUGUAGCUCACGCAGAUUUUGUACUCUUGCCUUUCGAGUACCACCUGGCAUUUACCCUUACGCCUUGCUCUCCCGAGCCCCGUCCAGCGCAGGACAAGCUAGGAAAGCGAAGAGAAGAAAGCGAGAAGGGGAAGACGAAAAGAAAGAAAAAACCACCCCCCUCCUUCCCGGUGUGUGUGCAUUUGGUGGUGUGUUGUGCAAACAAUUGAAACAACGAGCGCAACGACUCGCGGACCCUCCAGGCCAAAGUAAAGUUCCCGCCGCCAUGGCAGCUCCGCGACCUCCUCUUCAACCGCAUACCUCGUCCCAGGACCACACCCCCCCAGGCGCUCCUCCGACAGGCCACAACAUCUCUCAGACACAGACGAAAUACAAAAUGGACAGCCCGGAGCCGCACCGACCUGCGACCCCAGAAAAGAAUGGCAGGUCGUCCUUCUCUUCCAUCCGCGAGAACGACUCCGACCUAGCCCAGACCUUUACCUCUUCCAAGGUCUCAUCCUACGCCCAGAAAGUAACCUCAGCCGUGUUCGACGACUCUUCCGCCUCGCCCUCUCCGGUCGCCUCCCCUUCCCUCGAGAUGGGCGAAGUCCAGUUUAUGCCCCCCGUCACCCUGCCCAGCAGCAGACUCCAUGGCGGCUGGUAUCCUGCCUCAAGCUUCAAAGGCUGGAAGCAGAUCAACGUCAAGGGCAAGACGGCGAGCAGGAGCUUCAGCGAUCUCCAAGCUCUGCACAUGGCAUGGAGCACCCCGCCGGCGCCUUCCCAAGGCAACAACAAGUUCAGCAACGGCCGCGCGCCCAUGGAACGACUGCCCCUCGAGAUGCUCGGAUCCAUUAUCGAGCUCCUCGUUCUCGAUAUUCCCCCGCCGUACGGUACUGCGCGCCGCAAUGUCGACCUGAUGUCUCUGCUGUUGACUUCAAGGUCGAUCCACGCUGCGACCCUGAACACGCUGUACAAGCACAUUACCAUUCCUCACUCGAGAAUCUUCCGCAAGUUUCUCUCAAACAUCACGACCCACCCUGCGCUAGGCACAAUUGUACGGCGCAUCGACUUCAGCCACUUCAACAACGCGACGCUGUUCGAGUCUGCCAGCGAGCGCAAGGGCACCCGGAACCUGACGGCGGAGACGCUGGUGCAAUGCCUCGAGCUGACGCCCCACCUCCAGGAGUUCCUGGCCAUGGAGCAUAUCGAUGACGAUCUCGGUGCCGAGGUGCUGCAGAAGCUCUUCUUCGACAUGCCCCGAUUACAGGCGCUGGACUUUGCAGGGUGCACGUCGCCCGCUUUCAAGAACUCAUUUGCAUCCCUGGUCGACACGGCUUGGCCCCAGACGCUCUCGAUCACGCGGCUGUCGUUCCACAAGUGCCUGACGCUGCCGUCGGCGCUGUUCGAGGAGGUUCUGCCGCGCCUAGCCAACGUCACGCAUCUGGACCUUGCCCAGACAAAGAUCACGGACCGAGCGCUGCAGUCGAUUCCGAAGACGGCCAAGAUUACCCACUUGAACAUUGCCAAGUGUACGCUGCUCACGGCGCCUAAUGUCAUCGACUUCCUCGCGACCCACCCGGCGGUGAGGAAUCUUGUCUACCUCAGCGUGGCCACCGAUGCCCGGAGCCACCAGCUCCUGGACGUGGAGGACGUCUCGCAGCUCAUUCCUGUGCUGCCCAAGACGCUUAAGUCCCUGAGCCUUAAGGGGAGCCGCAUGGACGAUGCGCACAUUGAGCUGCUACGGCCACUGACUAAGUCCCUCGAGGAGCUCGCCGUCGGGCGCAACAUGGAUGUCAAUGCCGCGGCCAAGCUGCUCGAGCCGGCGGACGAGAAGAAGCAGGAAGAGCCCCACACGCUGCGGUACCUCGACCUGUCGGACCUCUGGGGCAAUGAGCUGGACAUUGUCGACCUUUUUUCGAGCCGAAACUCGCUGUUAAGACCGAGCUCGGUGCCGCUCGAGGUGGUGGAGAUCUCGGAGCAGUCGUUCAAGAGUCUGUCUCGGAACAGGACGCUGGAGCGCAUCGGCUGGUCCCUGCAGGAGAUCGGAAGCCGAUGCUGGAUGGUCCGACUGCAGGACCAUCGCAAGGACCAGGACCGCGGCUACCGAUGGUGGAAGAUGGGCGCCGACAAUUGGGGCAUGCGCAAGAUCCCUGUCGCGCGCGCCGAGGUCGGCGGCAUGUACGGGUCCUUUAUGUUUGGACGCAAGCUAUGAUUGCAUGCCAGCGACCGCAUCCAUAGCCAAUGGGUCUUUUCCCGUUGGUUUUUGUUUUGUUCUUUGUUUUUGGAGGGGAAAGCAUUUCAUGACGCAUCGGCCAAAAAAGCGACGGCCAACACAUCAGCAUUGUUUUGCUUAGUGGAUGUUUCUUUGGGAGUUUCUCUUCCCUUCGUACGGAUGGGGGGGGGGGGGGGGUU